AUACCGCGAUUGCACUUCGCUCAAGCGGACGCGAGCGCGGAGAAGGCGUGGCUGACGGUCCGAUGCGAGAAGGGAACGGUCAGGAUGAGAUUGCGCGACUUCGUAUGCUCGAAGUGCCCAAGUUUACUGGAAGAGUUCAAGCCUUCGAGAUUGCUGUUCAAUGGACAUCUACAGACUGCAUAUAGCGCGUACGGAGACUUUUCCGAAGUUGACAGAAUAAUGUACGAUAGAAAACUGAUCCGACUGCUGGACGGAGGAACGCUUUCAUUAGACUUCACACCCCCUGAAGAUGAACGACGCCUACCAGACGAUAUCCCUAUCAUUGUCACAUUCCAUGGUUUGACUGGAGGUUCGAAUGAAGCAUACGUGCGCGCUAUCCUUGCUCCCGCAUGCGCGCCAGUCGAGGAGGGCGGUCUAGGAUAUCGUGCGGUCGUCGUGAACUACCGCGGUUGCGCGGGGACCCCGGUGACAAGCGAGAAGUUGUACCACUGCGGCAACACAGAUGAUGCGCGGCAGGCGCUGAUGUACAUAUCGCACCGGUAUCCUAAGGCGAAGCUGAUCGGGCUCGGUUUCUCACUGGGGGCGAACAUACUUGUACGAUAUCUUGCGCAAGAAGGCGAACAGAGUCGGCUUGUUGCGGGAUGUGCACUGGGAUGCCCAUGGGACUUGCACUCUGUAAGCUAUAAGCUGUCUAACGGAGCCUGGGUCGACCGCAUGUACUCCCGCAUGCUCGCAGAGAACAUGGCGACGCUCAUCAAGGCGAACAAAGACGUGCUAGCCAACAACCCGAAGCUCGCGAAAGCGCUCCCCUAUCUCUUCUCACUUCCUUCGCCAACUCUCUGGGACUUCGACAUAUAUUACGCGUACGAAGAGAAGACGGAGGAAUUGGAAAUGCUCGGUACCUUUAGGGAUCAAGGCGACUUCUAUCGCUGGGCGUCCAGUCAUACGGCCCUCUCCGACGUACGCGUUCCUCUUCUCGCGAUUAACGCCGACGACGACCCCAUCGUCCGCGAUCUGCCCGUGGACGUCGGUGGCAACUCGCUGGUGUCACUGGUCGUCACCCAAGGUGGCGGCCACCUUGGGUGGUUCGCAUCUGAAAGGAAAUUAUUGCGCAGGCGUCGUAUGCGAUGGAUCAGGAGACCUGUGCUGGAGUGGCUGCGGGCGGUAGGACAGGAUCUUGUUGUUGAUUUUCCGCGGUGCCAGCCUCUACGCGAAGUACAUGGGUUCAUAUGCGAGGUAGGGCGCACAGGGCUCGGAUGCAGGCAGGUUGAUGGAGGAGGAAAGUUCCCAGGUGAGAUGCUCCAAGUGGGACGCACGGGCUUGAUGGCUGGUUUUUGAGGCUUCAUGUGCCUUGCUGUACCCUUGGACUAUGUAGAUUUGGCGCUGCGUAUCAGUGUCAUAGACAUGUGU